GAAUAAGAAAAUUUUAAAUAAAAAGAAGUUGAAAAGGAAACAGAAGAGCAAAUCAAAAGUGAAGACAAGAAGCAAGUCUGAAAGCUUGGAGAAUACAGUAAUUAUACCAGAUAUCAAACUACAUAGUAAUCCUUCUGCUUUCAAUAUUUACUGCAAUGUACGGCAUUGUGUUCUGGAAUGGCAGAAAAAGGAGCUAUCAUUGGCAGCUGCAUCUAAGAACUCUGUGCAGAGUGGAGAAUCAGAUAGUGAUGAAGAGGAGGAAUCCAAAGAGCCCCCUAUCAAGCUUCCAAAGAUUAUUGAGGUUGGACUUUGUGAAGUUUUCGAACUGAUCAAGGAGACACGAUUUUCUCAUCCAUCCCUGUGUCUCAGGAGUCUCCAAGCUCUGCUCAAUGUACUUCAGGGACAGCAGCCAGAAGGCCUCCAGUCAGAGCCCCCUGAGGUCCUAGAGUCUCUCUUCCAGCUUCUUUUGGAAAUCACUGUUCGAAGUACUGGAAUGAAUGACAGCACCGGACAGUCCCUGACAGCACUUUCCUGUGCUUGCCUCUUUAGUCUGGUGGCUUCUUGGGGAGAAACAGGAAGGACACUUCAGGCCAUCUCUGCUAUUCUCACCAAUAAUGGAAGCCAUGCUUGCCAAACUAUUCAGGUGCCAACAAUAUUAAAUUCACUACAGAGAAGUGUACAGGCAGUUUUGGUGGGAAAAAUUCAAAUUCAGGACUGGUUUAGUAAUGGCAUUAAGAAAGCAGCUCUAAUGCACAAGUGGCCAUUAAAAGAAAUAUCUGUUGAUGAAGAUGACCAAUGUCUCCUUCAGAAUGAUGGAUUUUUUCUUUAUCUGUUAUGCAAGGAUGGAUUAUACAAAAUAGGCUCUGGAUACAGUGGAACAGUUAGGGGCCAUAUAUACAAUUCUACAUCACGCAUCAGAAAUAGAAAAGAAAAAAAGUCUUGGUUAGGGUAUGCUCAGGGUUAUUUAUUAUAUAGAGAUGUAAAUAACCACAGUAUGACAGCCGUAAGAAUAAGCCCUGAAACACUGGAACAAGAUGGUACUGUAAUGUUACCAGAUUGCCAUGCUGAAGGUCAAAAUAUUUUAUUCACUGAUGGAGAAUAUAUAAAUCAAAUAGCUGCUUCAAGAGAUGAUGGCUUUGUUGUCAGAAUAUUUGCCACAAGCACUGAGCCUGUGCUGCAACAAGAAUUACAACUUAAACUGGCCAGAAAAUGCUUACAUGCCUGUGGUAUCUCACUAUUUGAUCUGGAAAAGGACUUGCAUAUUAUAAGUACAGGAUUUGAUGAGGAGUCAGCAAUUCUUGGUGCAGGACGAGAGUUUGCACUAAUGAAAACAGCAAAUGGAAAGAUAUAUUACACGGGCAAGUACCAGAGUCUUGGAAUCAAGCAAGGUGGUCCUUCAGCAGGCAAAUGGGUUGAACUACCAAUUACGAAAUCUCCCAAGAUAGUGCACUUCUCAGUUGGACACGAUGGCUCUCAUGCCCUUUUAGUUGCAGAAGAUGGAAGCAUAUUCUUUACAGGAUCUGCUAGUAAAGGAGAAGAUGGAGAGUCAACUAAAAGCAGGCGGCAGUCAAAACCCUAUAAACCUAAAAAGAUCAUUAAGAUGGAAGGAAAGAUUGUGGUAUAUACAGCCUGCAAUAACGGAAGUAGUUCUGUUAUUUCUAAAGAUGGAGAACUAUACAUGUUUGGAAAAGAUGCCAUUUACUCUGAUAGUUCAAGUUUGGUAACUGAUUUGAAGGGCCAUUUUGUAACUCAGGUCGCUAUGGGCAAAGCCCAUACUUGUGUUUUAAUGAAAAAUGGAGAAGUCUGGACAUUUGGUGUAAAUAAUAAAGGACAAUGUGGACGAGACACUGGUGCCAUGAACCAAGGAGGGAAAGGAUUUGGAGUUGAAAAUAUGGCAACAGCCAUGGAUGAAGACCUGGAAGAAGAACUAGAUGAAAAAGAUGAGAAGUCCAUGAUGUGCCCUCCAGGCAUGCAUAAAUGGAAGUUGGAACAGUGCAUGGUUUGUACUGUCUGUGGAGACUGUACAGGUUAUGGAGCCAGCUGUGUCAGUAGUGGGCGUCCAGACAGAGUCCCUGGAGGGAUCUGUGGUUGUGGUUCCGGAGAAUCUGGCUGUGCUGUGUGUGGAUGUUGCAAGGCUUGUGCACGAGAAUUGGAUGGUCAAGAGGCAAGACAAAGAGGAAUUCUUGAUGCAGUAAAAGAAAUGAUACCUUUAGAUCUUCUUUUAGCUGUUCCAGUACCUGGGGUUAACAUUGAAGAACACCUUCAGUUGCGACAAGAAGAAAAACGGCAGCGUGUAAUCAGAAGACACAGAUUAGAGGAAGGAAGAGAUGGAAGUGGAGAAAGAGGAGAAAAGGAUGCAAGCAAAAUCACAACCUAUCCGCCGGGCUCCGUUCGAUUUGACUGUGAACUCCGGGCAGUCCAAGUCAGCUGUGGAUUUCACCAUUCAGUGGUUUUAAUGGAAAAUGGAGAUGUCUAUACAUUUGGUUAUGGGCAACAUGGACAGCUAGGACAUGGCGAUGUCAACUCCAG